AUGCGGCUACAGAUUAUUCUUCUAUUUGGCUUUUAUCGACUGCUUUGCAUGUGGUGUAACUUUGCCACAGUUGAGGCCUUAAUCGGAGAAAAUGUAAGAUUAGCUGGAGAGUCCGAGUUUCCAUUUAUCGUAGCCAUUAUGAGAUAUGUUUUAGAAAAUAAUAUGCGAAGAAAUUAUAUAUGUGCUGGGACACUUAUUUCUAGAAAAGAUAUUUUAACUGCAGAACACUGUUUGACAGCUCAACAUCUUACUGGUAUUUAUGUACUAGCUGGAUCUAGUAACAUAGAUCAGACUUAUAAAUAUUAUCCUGAAUGGUGGAUAACGUAUGAUCAGUGGGCCAAUAGUAAUAAUCACGUAAUAGAAAUGACUGAUAAUGACAUUGGUAUUUUAAAUUUGCUUCAGCGUGUACCAGAUCAAAUUGUACCUGCGCAUGUCUGGAAUAAUCCGUUAGAAUUAGUAUAUGGAUGGCAAGCUCAAAUUGCAGGAUGGGGCUUAUCAAGGAAUUUUUUCAUUUUCGAAUUUACAAGUACAACGCCUAUGAUAGGACAUAGUAUUAGACAAGCAAUGACGAAUGAAUUUCCUUUUGUAGCAGGAAUUAUACAGCGAAUGCCAGAAGUUGAGGGAAGGAGUGCUAUUAUGUGCACAGGUGUAGCCUUCACUAAAAAUUAUGUUUUAACGGCUGCUCAUUGUGUAAAAGGUAAAGCGUUUAAAGAUAUUGAAAUGAUUAUUGGAUCGAUCGACAUAUCAAGUCGAAUAAAGUAUUUUGCGGCAUGGUGGCUAACUUUUGACGAAUGGAACCAAUUAAGAAAUAUACAUAGAGGAUUUCCUAAAAAUGAUAUUAACCUUAUACGUUUAACAGAUGCUAUACCCGAUGUUAUACCAUUAGCAAGCAUAUUAUAUGUAUCAAAUAAGAAUGUGAUAGGUGCAAAUGUUAUUUCAGUUGGGUGGGGCCAAUUGAGUAAUGGCUCAUAUCCAAAGAUUUUACAAAUUAUCGAUUUGAAAAUUUUGCCAACCGAUAUAUGCGAAAACAAAAUCAGUGCAUUGCACGGAGAACGAUUAUACGUCGAUAAAAAUAUUUUGUGUACCAAUAAUGAUCCAUUUGCGUUGCUGAUGCACGGUGACAGUGGUGGUCCAUUGAUAUAUAAUAAUGCCGUUAUAGGCAUUAAUUUGGGCACAUGUCCACUUCCUCAAGAUCUAUUUAAUCCAGAUAAAGUAAAUCUUCAUACUAAUAUUUUAUACUAUCGACAAUAUUUGACUGAUGUUGUCAAUAAUUAUUAA